CCGGGCUUGUUGUUUGUGUAAAAAGCGCUUCUUCUAAUUUUUUAUUACAUUUCCUGAAAUAAGUUUUAGUGUAAACAAAACCGCUUCAAAAUGGAUAAAAGCAAGGAAAAAGAGGAGCAGAGUAUCAUGGAUAAAUCCAUGAGAUCUGUAUUCGUUGGUAAUAUUCCCUACGAAGCCACCGAGGAGAAGUUGAAGGACAUAUUUCGAGAAGUAGGGCCGGUGCUGUCCUUUAAAUUGGUAUUUGACAGAGAAACCGGCAAACCUAAAGGUUAUGGUUUCUGUGAGUACAAGGACCAGGAGACCGCGCUUAGUGCUAUGAGAAAUCUUAAUGGCUACGAGAUUGGUGGUCGUACUUUGAGGGUUGACAAUGCCUGUACUGAGAAGUCAAGGAUGGAGAUGCAAGCUUUGAUGCAAGGGCCACAGAUUGAAAAUCCUUAUGGAGAUCCUGUUGAACCAGAGAAGGCACCCGAAGCUAUCAGCAAGGCUGUGGCCACACUUCCGCCUGAACAAAUGUUCGAGUUGAUGAAACAAAUGAAAUUGUGCAUUCAGAACAAUCCAACGGAAGCAAGGAAUAUGCUUCUCCAAAACCCACAGCUGGCUUAUGCCCUUCUGCAAGCACAAGUCAUCAUGAGGAUUGUAGAUCCUGCUACUGCAGUUAGCAUGCUGCAUCCAUCCAAUCCCGUGCCUCCUGUUCUACAACCUGGAGACAAGCCUCCGGCUAACCCUUAUAUACCUACCAACCAGCCACAAGCGCCACCGCCACAACUCCUGGCAGCACCAGUGCCUCCUCCCAACCAGUACACACCAGCACGACCGGCAAUGGGCGAUGUGGAUCUUCGAGGCUCGCGCUCGAGCGGCGGCGUGCCGCUACUGGACCAGGACAUGCGCAGUUUGCCCAUGCCGCCGCAUCCCGUGCCGCCGCCGCAGCACCAGGACAGCGGUUUCCCGCGCGAUCCGAGGCUGGCUAACGCGCAGUUCAACGCGGAUCCGCGCAUGCGCUCCAACGACCCGCGUACGCAGGCCAAGAUGGCGCCGCAACAAAUGCCGCCGGGCAUGCCAAGCAUGGCGCAAGCUCGGACGAUACAGGGAAUACCGUCUGGUGCCUCCGAUCAAGAAAAGGCCGCGCUGAUCAUGCAAGUGCUGCAGCUAUCGGACGAGCAGAUAGCUCUGCUGCCGCCGGAGCAACGUGCCAGCAUCCUGAUGCUCAAGGAACAGAUCGCCAAGAGCACGCAGCAGCGAUAGACACAGAACACAAGUCUUUUUGUUUACAAGCAAAACGCAAGUCUACAAUUUUUUACCUGCGUUGCCUACAUCGUGUUUUUACUUACAGUACUCGAGAACGUCAUUAACGCCCGUAUUCACAAACAUUACUAUGAUGUCUCACAGUGCGUGUGGACACAGGGUGACACACGAACCAAUCAUAGAGCGUUCGAUUUGGUGCUUCACUUAAGCAAGCAUCGUUUGUGAAUACGGGCGUAAGACUACCGUAUUUGCGUUCACGUUUUCAUUAUUUGCGUUAGCGCCACUGCACACUGGCUGACACUGGCGUGUAAGGUCACGAUCACUUGAUAGUGGCGCCAAAUGGUGAUCGCUGAAGUAGAUUAGGGUCGUGUCAAUCGCCAGUGGUGCCAACUGACAAAUAAUUAAAAAUAACAAUGAAGAAUGAAUCAAUUAUAUUAUCACCGAGAAAACUUCAAAUUCCACUGUCCACAGUGUCUCUUUUUAAACACUCGACAUUGGUGAAACCAGUGUGCCUCAAAUACGCACCAUUGAAGCCAUUAAACAGAAUAAUAAAACGGUAGCCCUCAUUAACGUAGUAGAAAUUUUCAAUCGCCACUGGCGAUAAAUAGCUGUCCUAAUUACAUAAUGCAGCAGGAUGAUUGUAUGUUUCAUCCCAAUUUUUGUCCAAAUAUGUUGAUGUACUUUUUAGUACUUCACGUG